AUGUCAGAAGCCAAGGAGCAGCCGCCGCCGGAUGGGGAGCGGGACCCUCGUCCGAGCUUCCGCCUCACGGUCACCAAGCGGGAGCCGGCGGUGAAGCUGUUGCACCCGGUGACGGGGCUGGAGCCGCUGUCAUGGUCGGAGGAUCACCGGCUGUCUGCGUGCACCAGCGGGAACGUGUCCGUCCUGGAGCAGGUGUGCGACAUCCACAGCAGCGGCCCCGAGCUGUCCCUGCACCGCACCAGUGUGCCCGCACCGCUCAAGGUCUGCGCCCUCCGGGUUGGAUCACCAAAAGACGUGGAGCAGUGCCGGGCCAAGUUUGCCAGAUCGAAGGACCCGUCCGUCAGUCAGAGGUUCAUGCUGGACAGAGUAUUCAACCCAGAAGCCAAGGCCCUGCCCCCUCUGCAGGGGUAUAAGUACGCCUGCUGGUCCCCCGUGGGCUGUGAUGCCAAUGGUAGAUGCCUCUUGGCAGCCCUGACCUUAGACAACCGGCUGACCAUCAAUGCCAACCUUGACCGUCUCCAGUGGAAGCAGCUGGCGGACCUCACUGAGAUGUACGGCGAACGUCUGGCUCAGAACAACUAUGUAAUGACGGAGACGGACAAAGCCGGAGACCUGGAGGAGUUUGCAGAGUUUGAGCGGCGGCACAUCAUGCAGACCCCGGUGCGGAUGGAGUGGUCGGGGAUCUGCACCACCCAGGAGGUCCUGGAGAACAAUACCUGCAGGGAGGUGGGCACCGUCCUCUUGGCUGUGCUGUUUGAGAGCGGAGGCGUCGCAGUGUGGCAGUUUCAGCUGCCCAUCAAGGACCGCUCCUCCAUAGUCUCCUGCAACACCAUUGAUUCCGGGAUCGAGUCCCCCAGUGUCCUGGCCUGGUGGGAAUACGAGCACAGCAACCGGAAAAUGAGCGGCCUCAUCAUCGGCAGCACCUUGGGUCCCAUCAAGAUCAUCCCGGUGAACCUGAAGGCGGUGAAGGGGUAUUUCACGUUACGGCAGCCGGUGAUCCUCUGGCAGGAGACGGACCGUCUGCCGGUUCACAAUAUCAAAUGCAUCGCUCUGUAUCACCCCUACCAGAAGUGCAGCUGCAGCCUGGUGGUGGCGGCACGAGGAUCCUAUGUCUUCUGGUGCUUGUUGUUAAUCUCCAAAGCCGGCCUCAAUGUUCACAAUUCCCACGUGACCGGCCUCCACUCCCUGUCUAUCAUCUCUAUGGCCGUGGACCGGCAGAACGGAACCAUUUAUACCGGCUCUAUAGAUGGGAAGGUCCAGCAGCUCAUCCCCAUCUUUACCAACGUGGCCCUGAAGUUCGAGCACCAGCUCAUCAGGUUGUCAGACAUGUUUGGCUCGGUGAAGUCUCACGGCAUCGCCAUCAGCCCGUAUGGCGCCUACCUGGCCUGCGUUACUUCAGAAGGUAUAAACAACGGCGUCCACCCGGUCAACAAGAACUUUCAGGUCCAUUUUGUGGCCCUCAAGACAUUCGAGGAAGCGGCAGCUCAGCUCCUGGAGACUUCCAGCCAGAACCUUUUCCGGCAGAUGGAUCUGACUGAUCUGGUCCGGUGGAAGGUUCUGAAGGAUAAGAUCAUCCCCCAGUUUCUCUUGGAGGCUUUGGAGAAGAAGAUUGAGGGCGGACCCCUGUACUUCUCGAGGUUCCGGCUCUUCCUUCUGAGAAUAUGGUACCAGUCUUUUAAGAAGAACUCCUCGGAGGUGGUGUGGAAGCCCAACCCCAAGGAGUCUAAAGUGUCAAAGGCUGAGGAGGUAGAGGCCAGCGUGGCUGAGGAGGUAGAGGCCAGCAUGGCUGAGGAGCAGGAAGGACAGGCGACCAAGAGUAGCCCCAAUAAAACUCUUAGAGACUCGGCAGAGCCCGAUGGGGAUUGUACUCCGGCAGAAGAAGGCCUCCAGGAGAUCCAGCAGAAGAUUGAGGCUAUGGAGGCCCAUCUGACCCGGGAACACAUGAAGCACGUGCUGGGGGAGGUCUAUCUACACACGGGGAUCACUGAGUACACGACAAUCCCCACCCGAGGGGUCUGUGCAUAUCUCAUGUCCAACAAGGACAGUGAGGACCGGACAGCACAGGUUCUCAUUGGACACGUGGAAAAGAAGAUGAAUAAGCAGAUGUUUCCCGAAUACUGCAGCUUGUGUAAAGAGGUUUUACCAUUCACAGACAGUAAAAAGGCACUCUGCCCGAACGGACAUCUAUGGCCAAGGUGUUUCCUGACCUAUCAGGCCUGUCAGACUCUGGAUUAUCGGAGGUGUUUACUUCACGACAGUAUCGCCAGGCAUCCCGUCCCCGAAGACUUGGAGUGGAUGAAGCGGUUACUUAAAGGGCCCUGCACACUUUGUGACUCUCCAGUUUUUUAGCACUUUGCAAAUUUUUAUUUUUUUUUGUUUAGUUUCCUAUUUAUACUGACGAACUCGCUCCCUCGGACAGAGGUUUGUACAGAAUGGUGACGUCAUCACAAAGUCACGUGACCAACCUGAGCCGGCGACCUGGCCUGUCUCUGUCACACUUAGUUCGGGAGAAAGACAUUGCUGCUUUUUUUACUUUUUACGCCUGUUUUGGUUUAUCCACAUGAUGGUUUACAUGGACCUGGUCCUGCUGAAGACCCUCUGCUGCCCGACAAUGGGAUUGGUUAAUGUAGCACAGAGUUUGCUGAUCUGGUAGGAGGCGGUGGCGGCGGCCGACUACUAUAAGGACCAAACGAACAGAGAUCAGGCCGUAUACAGAGAAUUUUUUAAAUUAAUUUUUUAUUGACUGAUAACGCAAUUAAUGUUGCAUGGAAAGCCGCCCAUCUCGCUGCAGUGUCACAUGACCAGGUGUGUGAGUUGGGUGGUGUAUUUUGGGAUGUGAUGCAGAAUAAGGACACCCAAAGAAGGCGGGUAGUAUAGAGGGUGUGCCGGCCUCUGUGUGCGCACCCUGUAAGCUAAUCCGCAGUGUAGCACAGUGUAUCCCAACCAGGGGGCCUCCAGCUGUUGUAAAACUACAACUCCCAGCAUGCCCAGACAGCCGUUGGCUGUCCGGGCAUGCUGGGAAUUGUAGUUUUGCAACAGCUGGAGGCUUCCUGGUUGGGAUAUACCAAUGCAGCAAAUCGGCCUCAGGAUCGGGGCUAAUCCUUGGUGUCGCGAAAAAACGUAUGAAAAUUUUAAUGGGCGCAGAGUGUCCUUGGAUAUGACUCCGAUUUCAGUGCAAAAUCUGCAAUAUGUGAAUUUACUCCGAGAAUGUGAUCUAUGUAAAUCUGCUAUGAUUUCCUGCCAAAAUGGGAUAAUGACCCAGUGUCGUCUCCUUCCUGUAUAUUCUCCCUGUAUGUUCUCAUGUGUCAAUGGUUUUGUGUAUAUUUAUAGAAUUAUUUUCUACUUUUCCUCGUCAUAAAGGUGAAUAAAGCCGAAGGUUUCUGAGA